AACUUCCCUUGAGGUAAAGGAACCAGGAAGUCUCUGCUGCGAAAUUGGAAUAAAGCAUCCAGCAGGAUGGCAGUUGCAAUUUUUGCCAGCUGUAUAUUCUUUCUGAAAAUCAAAAAGUUAAAAAUUAUAGAAAAGAACAGACUGAAGAUGUCCAUCAAGGAAAAUGGUGGGCAGAUUGCAUUUGGAUUAAAUCAACAGUGCACUCAUGUUGUCACUGAAGAUGCUAAUGCACUCAGCCCCAGAAAUCUGAAAACCAUCCAGAAGUAUGAGCUGCCUAUAGUAAAUGUUGAUUUCAUAUGGGAUUCCAUCAAAGAAAAAAAACUUCUGCAAUGUGAGAACUAUGAGCUAUCCCAAACUCUGCCCUUUAAAACAGGUACGCAGAUGACUUUAACGAGUGGCGAUGAUGACAGACCUAAGGAAAAAGAUGUUUCUGAGGAGAAUCACAAGCAUAAAUUGGAUGACCGCAGAAACUUAGAAAAACUAAGAUGGUAUUCAGAUAACGAUGAAUAUGUUCCAUAUUUUCCUAAAGAGUUUGAGCUUGCAAAAUAUGACAUCCUUGAAAAGAUUGCAGCACAUGGUGAAUAUGUUGUUCUUGAAAUGCAGUGCUUUCAGCAAGAACGCAGUUACCCAUUUUGUAUAAGAGCACAUUACAGCAUGCUGCAAGGACACCCAAAACAAAAACAACUGAUGCCAGCUAAGACUUCUGAAGAAGCUAGAAGACUCUAUGCCCUUUGUAUUCAAGAUUUAAAGAAGACGGGUUUUGAAUUAAGAAAAGACUUUCCAUAUCAAGCAGAAUAUUUAGUAUCAGAAAAAUUACAAGAGAUGCUUAUAGCAGAUGCAGUCAGUUCCAGUGUCUUGUCUGAAGAAGUUGGUUGGUUUGUGGAACUUAUUUGGACUGAAGCAGUUGGACACCUGAAUGGCCUGCUAGAUAAACCCGUAACCAGAAUCAGCCUCAAUGAUGUGAGCAGAGCUGAAGGCAUUCUUCUUCGGGCAAAGACGACUUGGGAAGAAACAGGAUCUCUAACAGAGCUGUCUGCAAUCAUGUCAGAAUUCUAUAAAGUCAUACCCCACAAAAACGUUUUGGAUGAUGAAGUUAGCAAAAAGUUGAUAUACAUUAAACGGGAUCUCUGUCAGCUGAUUAGAGAUAUGCUGAAUAUUAGUGAAAUAAACAUGUCAGUUCUUAACCUGUCAUCCCUUUCUAAAUAUCGGGCUUUGAGAUGCAGGAUUGAUGCUCUAGAUGUGAAAAAUGAAGAGUUUAACAGUGUCAAACACUUGCUGGAACAAAACACCAGUGAAAAUCUAAUACAGGUUUUGAAUAUAUAUAAAGUCAGCAGAACAACUGAAAGUAUGUUGUUUGAGAGAAAUCUUGGCAAUGUUCAAUCUUUAUUCCAUGGAUCGUCCGUUUGCAACUUUGUGGGAAUCCUCUCAAGAGGAUUACUUUUGCCAAAUGUAGCUGAAGACUAUGCCUUAGAAAGAACAGAUUUUGGGUACUUGGGCAGUGGCAUUUAUUUCAGCAACUCUGUAAGAACAAGCAUUAAGUAUUCCCAGCCAUGUGAAACAGAUGGAACUCGACUGUUGGUCAUUUGUGACGUAGCACUUGGAAAUUGUUGGAAGACUAAGGAAUACUGCUAUUGUUCAAGUGAAGGACCACCACUGUGUCAUGAUAGUGUGCAUGGAGUCCGUAGUACAGAAAAGGAAAAAUCUAUUUUUGAGGAUGAUGAAUUUGCAGUGUACAGAACCAGUCAGGUCAAGAUCAAAUAUGUGGUUCAAUAUACAUGUGUUAAUGACAUCAUUAAAGAAUUCCAGCCAAUAAUUCAGAAUGAAUUAGAAGACCAGAGAUUUUCUUUUGAGGAUCAUGACCAGCCUAGGGAUUAUACACUACCGAGUCAUGAUCUGUUGAAUGAUAUUUCUGCUGGCCUACUGGACAGAGCUGGAAAUCCAAUUCCUCUUAAAGAUAUUCAAAUCAAAGGAAGAAUAAUAGACUUUGUAGCAGAGGUUGUGGUGUUUCAGACCUAUGAAAAUGAAACAGAGAGUCCCAUUGAAGCAAAAUAUGUCUUCCCUUUGGAUGAUACAGCUGCUGUAUGUGGAUUUGAAGCAUUCAUUAAAGGAAAGCAUAUAAUAGGAGAGGUUAAAGAAAAGGAAAAAGCACACCAGGAAUACAGAGAGGCCAUCAGUCGAGGUGAUGGAGCUUAUCUGAUGGAUCAGGAUGCACCGGACAUUUUUACUGUUUCCGUUGGAAACUUGCCGCCUUCAACAAAAGUGCUCAUCAAGAUCACCUACAUCACGGAGCUCAGUUAUGAGAAUGGGAAUCUUUGCUUUCACUUGCCAGCUGCUGUAGCUCCUUGGCAACAAGACAAAGCAUUAAAUGAAAUCACUCAGGACUCAGUAAGGAAAAUUUGUGUUAGACAAACAGAAGCAAAAAGAGAGUUCAGCUUAGAAAUGUCUAUUGAAAUGCCCUUCAAAAUCAAUAACAUUAGUAGUUGGACACAUCAGCUUAAAAUAAAGAAAACAGAUUGCAAAGCAGUGGUUUCCACAACUGAAGGCAGUUUCUUGGACGCUAGUGGCUUUUCAAUGGAAAUCCUGAUUGGUGAUGUAUAUUUGCCGAGAAUGUGGGUAGAAAAACAUCCAGAUGAAAAUAGUGAGGCCUGUAUGCUUGUAUUUCAACCAGAGUUUGAAGUUCCGUUCGAUCAUUUAAGCCUCCAUGGUGAAGUUGUCAUUUGCCUAGAUUGUUCCAAUUCCAUGGCAGGUUCAGCAAUCCAGCAAGCCAAGGAGAUUGCAUUACAUGCUCUGAACUCAUGUCAUUUGACAAGAAAAAUAAGUGUACUCAAAUUUGGGACAAAUUUUGUAGAAAUUUGUUCCAAUCUUGAUGAUUCCCCAAUGGAUUCCACAGCUUUGAAAGAAUUUAUCACAUCAGCUACAGCUACAAUGGGAGAUUCAAACUUAUGGAAGGUACUGCGUUAUCUGAGUUUGCUAUACCCUACUAAAAGCAAGCGCAACAUUAUUCUUAUAUCUGAUGGACAUAUUCAGAAUGAAGGCAUGACCCUGCAGGUUGUGAAGAAAAAUGCACUGCACACCCGAAUAUUUACAUGUGGAGUGAGUCCUACAGCAAAUCGUCACAUGCUGAGAUCUUUAUCACACUAUGGAGCUGGAGCUUUUGAAUAUUUUGAUGUGAAAUCAAAAUAUAACUGGGAGAGAAAGGUGAAAAGCCAGACAACUAGAACGCUUUCUUCACAGUGCAGUUCUAUUUCCAUUGAAUGGCAGACUCAUAUGACAGAAAAUCCUAAACUUAGUUUUACUCCUGCUCAGAUAAGUGCUCUAUUUAACCACGAGCGUCUUCUAGUCUAUGGAUUUAUCCUCAAUUGCACAGAGGCCAUUUUAAAGGCACAAGUAGACAAUCAGGAAUUGUAUACACUGGUGUCUACAUCUGAACUGCAGAAGACCACAGGAACUAUACUCCACAAACUUGCAGCAAGAGCCUUUAUUAGAGAGUAUGAACAAGGGAUGCUCGAUGAGAGUGAAACACAACAUGAGAUGAAAAGAGAACAGCUGAAGUCCAACAUCAUUGAGCUCAGCCUGAAGCACUCCAUUGUUACCCAGUUUACAAGCUUUGUGGCAAUUGAAAAAAGGGUAUGUAUGUUCAUCUUCAAACCAUCCUUUCCCCCAUUUUUUUCCUAAGAUAGGGCUGAAUUAUGAAAUCUGGAAGGCAUCAGAACAUAUAGUCGAAAUUGUCUUAAUUUCAAUGAAAAUUAGAGCUUAGGUGAAGAUUGACUGUGCACUAGAAUAUUAAUGGGUAGAUGUAUUGAUAGUCCAAGGCCACCCAAGAGUGAUGAAUGCACUUUAUGCUUCACCAAGAACCAAUAAAACUCCAGUCUAGUGGUGCAUGGAUGGCAGCCUUAUUAACCAGUACUGCCGGAAGACAAAGUUUGAGGAAGUGGCAAGAUCCCAGCCAUCACAAACACAUACUGAAGAAAAUGGUACCUCAGAUUAUGAGCGGGGGAGUGAAGCAAAUUAGAAAGAGU